UUGGAACGAUUAUAUGCCUUUUGCCUCGGGAGAGGCAUUAGGAGAAAAAAAUUUUAUUCUAUCGGGCGGAAAUUCAAUCCAAGCGGCACAAAUAAGUUGGGAAUUGUCGAAACAAUUAAAUAUUUCUUAUGGCCAAUUAAGCAUUGAAUUAAUAUUUAAAUAUCCAAAAAUUGGUGAUUUUGUUGAAGAAAUUUGGAAAAUAAUUAAAAAUAAAGAAGAAAGUGAAUAUUUUGACCAAAAAAGGAAAAAUAAAAAUUUAGAAGAAAAUGAGGAAGGGACUUCAAAUAAAUUGGAAGCUAUAACAACCUUUACACAAACAACAAAACAAAAAAAUGCCAAUAAUUUCCAAACAUUUCUUCCACUAUUUUUACCACUUCAGAAUGAAACAACAAAAAAUUUGAACAAUCAAAAGCCCUUAAAUAUUUUUUGUAUUCAUCCAAUUAGUGGCUCAGCUCUUUUAUAUCGACAUUUGGCUAGAAUUUUACCUAAGUGGGCAAAUGUUGUGGGUGUUCAAUAUGCUUUUGAAGCUGAUUCUUUGAUUAAUAAAGCUUCAAGUUUGGGGGAAUUGGCUAAAUAUUAUGCUCAAAAGAUUGAAGCCUACACAAAAGAAACUCCUUUAUUAUUAAUUGGCCACAGUUUAGGAGGUGUUCUCGCCUAUGAAAUUGCUCUUAUUUUGAACAAAAAAUUUUUAAAUUGUUUCUCAAAUUUGCGAGUUCCUCUAGUUGUAAUGUUCGACUCUUGGGCUGCUGGACAAGAAUUAAUAUGCCCUAAAAAAGCCAAACAAUUUGUUUUGGAUUGUUUCAAUCACUUUUCAAUUCAUCAGUGCAAUUCUCUUUCCGUUGGAGCGGAAAAGUUGGCAGGAUUUUUAAGCACACACAAAUUUAUUGCUAAUAUUGAACUUUCUCCGGAAAUUUGGCUUUUUACAGCUGAGAAGAAAAUUAAAUUGGUUUUUAGGUGA